AUGGAAAAAUCUCAAAAAUCUACCACACCGUCAAAAAUUCCAACAAAAGCAUCUGGUAUUCCUCGGCCCAGAAGUAAAAGUGGUGAUCGAACUGCGGGCACCAGAUCAAAAUCAUUUUCGGAAACACGGUCGAAAUCUGCUCCUCGCGAGACCUCAGACAUGAGUGCAAGACGUUACCACGAACAAGCUUCUUCUCAAGAGAAUGAUGACGAUCGUCAAAAUCACCGGUAUGAUUCCCAAGUUCCACAAGACAACGUCCGCGAGUCUCCUCGCUAUGAUGCUAAUAAUUACUCGAAUCUGCCAAACAACAUUCCUCGGUAUCAAGGAGUAAUCAGCUCAAAGGUUCGACAAGGAAUCCUUACCAGCCAACAAGUUCCUCAAGUUUGUGGAAAUAGCAAGUCAGCGUUUUCAGGCAUGUUCAGAAAUGGAGCACCAAAAGACUUUCGUAGUCUCAUCGGUGGGGGGCACAUGAUGAAAGAAAUGGACCAGCCACCAUUGGAGGACAUUGCUUCCAUGUUCCAACGACCAAACACCGUCAUUCCCUCACUACGUUAUCCUUCAGCAUUGCCCUCAAUGACCAGUCCCUCUGGGGGGUGGGGACGAGCAGAAGGUUCUCCCUCAAAUGAGCACUCAAUGAUCAGUGGAUACGGCAAGGACCCUGGAUGGUCUAAUCCAGCAGGCGUUAAGGAAUUGCAACCCAUCAUGAGUCCCAAUAAUAACAGCACGGUUGGAUUCAAAAAUAGUUACUCAACUGCCGAGGAACUCGACAAUAUUUUGGCCAAGUAUAAGAACCUCCCACAACAACAACAACAGAUUCCACCCAGAGAACAGCAGUCGUACCAAAUAUACCAAGCCAUGAUUCACACAAAUUAUCCCCACCACUUGGAGGACUCCCAAAAAGGAAAUACAACUGAGGGAGGACAUUACUCAAGGGAAAACCACGAGAAAAAAUCGUCAAAGCAAUUUGACCUCAUUGCAAAACAUCGCACAGAGUCAAACCAUCACCCGAAGGACAAUUUAGGUGUCUUUGGACUCCCACUGGAUAGCCACAAGCAACAAAAGUUGAACAGCUUGAAAGAUGAAUCCUCUAAUAAGACGGGAAAGGGACACCACCCACAAACAAAGCACACCAAUCACAAUCAUAGGUUUCCAUUCAGGGAAACUUUAGAUGGCGAUCUUCUGGUUCAUCGAGAUCAGGUAGCAUUUGAGAGCAAAACCGUCAGUGUUCUCAUUUCUGAUCCUGACAAAAUUUGGACUGGCAGAACCGAAAAGAUUCACGAUCCACGACAUCAAGAGCAGUUGAUAAACGAAGUGGAAGAAGUCAUUCACAAAGGACUCAACCGAUAUUACGACAUUGAGAGUUAUCCACUUGAGACUGAACAUGGCAAACAACGCGCAGUGGAAAAUGAAUACCUCGAAAAGGAAGUGGUGAUAAUGAAGUAUUCAGAUGCUAAAACGGGCACUGAGAAACUAAUGUCAGAUAUUCAUCACCGAUUGAGAUCUGGACGACAUGCUGAUACUCAUGUCGUAAUUGGAGAAAAAGUUUACCCGUGUCACUCGGUGGCUUUGGAAGUCGUGUCAAAAUUUUUCGAUAACUUGACCAGACCAAAGGAGACUCUGAGACGAGUAGAGCUGCCUGAGAGCGAGGUCCCGUCCACCGUUUUUCCGACCUUGAUGGACUGGAUUUUUCAAAACGACCAUGGCAGAUCCGUAGUGAUGAAUAAGGGAAAUGUCGUCCCACUAUUUUCAUGUGGCAAAUAUCUCGACAUUUCUGAAUUGAAAUCUCAAUGUGUCAACUAUUUACAAGAAAAGGUAGAAACCAAUGAUCGACACCUGAUGACUUUGUGGGAGGAGGUGAAGAAGCGACCAAAUUGUCAAGAACUCAUGGUUGUCAUCUCUGCCAAAGCCGCCUUGUCAUUCCAACACAUUUUCAAGGAGAAAAAGUUUCUUAAUUUGGACGUUGGUGAAUUGGUUAUGCUCCUGAGUUCAGAUGACAUUGUCAUUGAGAGUGAGCUUGAUGUUUUUGAUACUGCGGUGCAAUGGCUCCUCCAUAAUUGGGAAGGACGCAAAGUUGUUACAAACGAAGUCAUCCACACUGUUCGAUUUGGACUUCUUACACCCCUGCAACUCACACAAAUUGCCCACUCUCCGGAAUUGGCGAAAGGGACAACAGUUCCUCAUGAAUAUCCAGAGUUGCUUGCGUAUGGUUCUGUCAAGGCCAUGAUUGACGAUGGAUUGGCGUAUUCAAUCGUCUUUGAGUCGUACAAGGCCCAACCUGAAGAAAUUCGGAAAUGGGUUGACUCUACAGGCAUUAAAGCUCCUCGACAAAGAAAUCAUACCAGUCCCACCGGCCGAGGCAAAACUUUCGUAAUUCCACACGAUAUAAAUGCAACCGGCAAGAAAAUCAACGGAGGAUUGGACCUGCGUCCAUCGUACACAGUUUUAACAACUGACCAUCACCUGUUGGAUAAUACCUUAUCCACUACCAACGCUUCAUCGAGUCCUCGACCUAACAAACGUUCUGAGAUUUUUGAAAAUUCAGUUUCAGAAUCUGAAAGGAGAGAACGACAUCGUUCUGGUGAGACAAAAAUGGAGUCUGUGGCCGAAUCGUUAGGACGCCCUAUAAAAGACGAAGAUAUUCAGAGCUUUUCUCCUUCGACUAUGGGGAGACCUCGAUCUUCAUCCAGAGAUCACGACUACAAAUACCACGAGUACAAAAUCUGAUUUCCGGUAAAGAAUUCCGUGAAAAUUAAUACUUGCAGAGUGUAAAACCAAUCUGGGUAGCCCAAAAUAAUUCGUAAGUUAUAAUUUAAAUUAAUCAUGAC